CGCUCAGCGGCGGUGCCCUCCGCCUAUGGUAACUACGCUAUGUUGCUAUGGUUACCGGAUUGUUUUGUUUUGUUUACUUUCUUUCGGCUCGAUUUUGACAAGGUCUGGCUAGAAUAUGAAUAAUUACGAAAGAUAAAGACGAAAGAUGUGAUUGAUGACUGGCAAAAAUGUUGUUUGAGUGAAAAGGAAGAAUUUUGGCUAUGAAUUUAAGCAUGAACACUGUUCGUUACGCCGGAGAGUGACAAUUUGUCGUUACGGCUCGGCUCAGGCUCGGCUCAGGCUCCUGGCUCCUGGCUCCUGUUGUACGAGGCUCUGUGGUAUCGGCUCAGGCCGUUAGCGCUGGAAGAAGGAGGAGGAAUGGAGGAGAAAAUAUAGAGGACUGAGAGCCCGUGAACGACGUUUCUCAUUGACGGCGCGCGAACAGCAAAAUGGCGCAGUCAUCCACUGCUCCCGUUUCUGCAAUAAUUCGCAACAAGGACCAGGGUGAUGGCGGGGAGCCAAAGAAGAAGACAAGAGAAGAAUGGAAGCAGGCCAAAGAGCUGGAGGAGGCCAGAAAGCUGGGUACGGUGCCGGCGGCCGUCGACGAGGAGGGCAAGGACAUCAACCCGCACAUCCCGCAAUACAUCUCGGCGGCACCAUGGUACUUUGGACAAACGGGGCCCACGCUCAAACACCAGCGGCCCCAGCCCGAGAAGCAAAAGGAGUUCUCCCGGCUGGACGAGUGGUACAAGCGCGGCGUCGAUACGUCCCGCGUGGCCACCAAGUUCAGGAAGGGAGCCUGUGAGAACUGCGGAGCCAUGACCCACAAACGCAAGGACUGCUUGGAGCGACCGCGCAAAACGGGCGCCAAGUACACCGGUACCUCCAUAGCGGCUGACGAGCACGCACAGCCGAAUCUGGCGCUCGACUUUGACGGCAAACGGGACCGGUGGAACGGCUACGACCCGUCGGACCACAGCCAGAUCCUCGAGGAGCACCGGAAGAUCGAGGAGGCCAAGCGCCAGCUGAAGGCCAACAAACUGAAGGCCGGUGUUACAGGAGAGGAGCUGGCGGAGUAUGACGACGGUGGCGCCUCUAGCGAGGAUGACGAGAAGUACGCGGAGGGCGUAGACAUGCCGGGAACAAAGGUGGACUCCAAACAGCGCAUCACUGUGCGUAACCUGCGUAUCCGCGAGGAUACGGCCAAGUACCUGCGUAACCUGGCGCUCGACUCGGCCUACUACGACCCGAAAACGCGCAGUAUGAGGGAGAACCCCUACGAGGCCACCGGCAAACAGGACGUCGACUACCAGGGCGAGAACUUUGUCCGGUUCACCGGCGACACGACCAAGCACGCGGCGUCUCAGAUGUUCGCCUGGGAUGCGCACGCCGGCGGUGUGGACGUGCACGCGCUGGCCGAGCCCACCAAACUCGAGCAGCUGGAGCGCGAGUUCCGCAAAAAGCGCUCUGAGCUGAAGGGCGCGGCUCGUGGUGGUCUGUUGGAGAAGUACGGAGGGGAGGAGCACUUGGACGCGCCACCGAGAGAGCUGCUGCUCGCGCAGACGGAGCACUAUGUGGAGUACAGCCGACAGGGCAAAAUUGUGAAGGGCGCCGAGAAGGAGGUGGUCCGGAGUCAGUAUGAGGAGGACGUCUACAUCAACAACCACACGACCGUCUGGGGCAGCUACUGGCGAGACGGACACUGGGGCUACAAGUGCUGCUACAGUCUCAUCAAGAACUCGUACUGCACGGGCGAGGCGGGCCGGGCGGUGAACGCCACGGACAUGCUCACCCUGCCCCCGGCCACUCGUCCUGACGGAGAGGGAGAGGGGGAGGAGGGGGCCGGGGAGGGCGGCUCCGGCGCCGGGACGGCAGGGGCCCUGGAACAGGCCGCCGACACCGACAGCGGCGCAGAGGAGCGACAGAGGAGGAAAACACUGAUGGAGGAGCAUGAGGAGAGGAUGGCCAAAAAGCGCGAGAAGAAGAGGAAGAAGAAGAGUAAGAAGCAGAAGAAGAAGCGCAGGAAGAAGGACUCGAGCUCCAGCUCCAGCGACUCCGAGUCCGAAGAAGACGAAGAGGAGGUGAAGAAGAGGAAGAUCCAAGAGGCGCUGAUGAGGCAGGAGUUGGCGGACGCCGCUGCCGACCGGCUGUUGGCCAUGGACGAGCGGCGCCGACCGUACAACUCGUUCGGAGACGUCCGAGAGCCGACAGCCGAGGAGAUGGAGGCCUGGAGGAUGAGACAGCUGCGCAGUGACGAUCCCCUGGCAGCCUUCUCAACCAAACGGUGACCUGUGAGGUCAGUCCGUGACCCCUCUGUGAGGUCAGUCCGAGACGCUGACCCCUUGUCCGGUGGGUGAGCCGGUGUGUGUGUGUCAUUCUCUCCGACCCCACCGACUCGGGGCGUGGCUGACAACUCCGACAGACGGAUGGUCUUUGUUGGUCAGUGGUACCGUACCAGAGUGUCUAUGCUGUGUGGGUGUGAGACGGGAGGUGACCGCGCCGCUGUUGACCAUUCAGCCCGCUCUCCGGCGGCUCCCGUCGCGGGCUGACCGGCCGGCAAACAGUCUCCGCGCGGAGAAAGCUCGGACGUGUGCCGCCGGCCGACUCCACCCGACUUCUCUCCCACGCUGGAGUAUCGUCUCGGCGACUGGUGGGUCGGAGAGUGACUGACGGGGACGGCACGCCCCGGCACGGCGGGCGCUGCGCGGCGAUCAGCGCAGCUCCGGUAGGGACUCUGAGGGGCCCGCUCGGCCGCGCGUGACGACCAGGGACGCGGCGGAGGCUUGCCGCGGAGAGUGAGUGGCAGAUGCGGACCGAGCUGCGGACUGUAAUCCGCAGUGACACGCGGUCAGAUCCUCUCGCUCCGCGGCUCAGACGGGCGGGGUCGGCCUCGGCCGCACGACAGGCCGCUCGCGUGCCGAGGAGAGGAGGUGCCUCGCCCAGCAUCCGGAUGUGUACUACGGAGCGGUCUGUGACUGACAAAUGAGCAAAACAUUGUGCAUUGUGAAUCUUAAUGUACAAGUAAGCGACUCGCGUUUUGUGCGUGUCUGGUUCCCUAUCCGCCAGCGGUGGAUGUUGGUACGAGCUGUUGUGUGAUGUCAUCGAUAAGUGUAUGAUAAUAAACCACCUCACUUCGA